AUGGUGGAGGAGAACCUGCCAAAGGCAGUGGAGCAGUGCAUUCAGGCAGCUGCUUUUGAGUUUGAUGUAUCCAUUCAAAAACUCCUCCUCAAAGCAGGAAACCUCGGGAGGGGAUACCUGAGUCGACAGAACCCUUCCCAUUUCGUGGAGACGUGUCAGGCACUGCGCAUCUUAGCAGCAUUGAGACACACCUCUCUUGCCAUCCCUCUCACUUACACGCAAUACCAGACUCUCGGGACUCAAGUCGUCGUGGAUCGGCUGGUGAUGAGGAGGAAAUAUCUCUUAGCCAUCCGCAUUUCGAAAUACCUCCGCAUACCACCGACCGAUGGGGAAGACCGUAUUCUCCGUCAUUGGACCCUCAGACAGGUUGGAUCCCCGCUCCUCGUGCCGCUUUCUGCUUGUCCUGCACUUCUCUGUAUCUUUGUAUCUCCGUUCCAAAAAAAGGUGGAGGGGAGGAAGGAGAGCAGCAAAGAGAUAGCUCACAAAAUAGCUAGGAAACUUGGAGUGAACCCUCGUAUUUCUUAUGCGUUCCUCGCCCAGAAGGCUCUGGAGUCCAAUUCCAAGGAUCUUGCCAUCAAGUUAUUGGGCUAUGAAGGGAGUGCCAGCAAGCAAGUACCCCCACUUCUUCAGCUGGGUCAGUAUCAGGAAGCCUUGCAGCAGUCAGUUGUGAGUGGUGAUCCAGAGCUCAUCUAUCUCUCCCUGCAUGAGAUCCAAAAGAAUCUCCCACUUGGACAGUUCCAGCUCUUGGUGAGGGACUACCCUGCAGCGCAAGCAUUAUACAUGAAGCAGUGCCAGCAGAGGCAAAAGUGGAAUGCAUUGAUGGACAUCUUCAUCCAAGAGGACAACUUCAUGGGUCAAGCCCUGUCCCGCAUUCGUGAGAGCUACUCUUCCCCUCGAAUCGAUGAGCAGCUGGCAGUGCUAAUGGGAGCAGUGGACUGUUUGAGGCGUAGCAAGAUGGGAGAGACCGGAAAGAAUUGGUUCAUCCUGACUGAGGACCAUGUUCGACUCAUGAAGCACCUCAUCAAUUCUCCUUCAUCUUCCCUGGAUCCCUGUCUUCCACUUCAGGAUGUUGUCCAUCAACUUCUCCUCACCAGGGAUUCCAAGGCUGCAGAAAAACUCCGAUCUGAAUUCCGCAUCCCUGCUGAUCAAUACACAUGGCUGGAGUUGUUGGCAGCGGGCGAGCUUAGAGACUGGUCCGAGAUUCAGCGCCUGGCACGAAACAAGAAGUUACCCGUGGACUUCGACGCUUUCGUGGACGUGUGCCUCGCGCACGGAAACUUGUCCGAAGCGAGGCGGUAUCUCCCCAAGGUUCGACCCGAGAACGUCAUCAAGUAUCACGUACGCGCCGGGUGA